CCUAACAGGUGUUUCUGUAGGUAAUUUUCCUGCAUGUCUGACACGGUUUCACUCAGGCCCUGAGGCGGGACAGGUGUGAGUCUGGGUGGAGACGGUGGGGUGGAAACAGGAGCUCAGGUGACCGCAUUCAGCCGGUGACGGAGCGCGCAGACUGCCUUCAUUGUACAGCUCAAACAUUCAGCACCAACAGCCAGGUAUGGCUGUGCAACACACUGGCACGCGUGGCACUACAUGAGCGUUUAAAGCACCGUUUAUUCAGGGGGGGUGUGUUUGACUUAUUUCCCGGUUAUGGAGCGACUGGAUGAAUGGAGCUUUACGUCCAAGAGCAUGGACAUGAAGGAGGAUUUUUAUUUCGACUACGGAGCGGAGGAAAUAACAGAUUACCAAGACCCCGGUGAACUGCUGGCUGCUUUGAAACAAAAGGAGGAAGAGGUUAUUUUGGCGGCCCAGCUGGGAAACGCGUUGCUCCUGGAAAACCGUCAGUUAAAAGAGCAGAGCGACAAACUUCAUGAACAAUACGCAGACAAGCUGGAGGAGCUGGAGCAGGGCAGGCACGAGCUGCAGCUGAAGCUGGAGCGCUGCCAGUCUCAGUGGGAGAGCCAGGUGGGGGACCUGGAGAAGGAUGUGAGGGAGCUAAGCACCGAGGUGGAGCGGCUUACCUGUGCACUCGGUAAGGCCGAGAGGGACAAGAGUCGAGCCGAGCUGGACCACAGCGAGCACCUGCAGCGACUCAGGGAGGAGCUCAACACUGCGAUGGAGGUGGAGCGAGCCAUGUCCAGUGAGCUGCAGGCUCUGAAACAGGAGCUCCAACUCCAAGGAAGCCACAACAGAGCAGAGGAUGAGGAGCUGAUCACUGCCAUGAAGGAGCAGGUAUUGAGACUUACCCAGAAGGAGCAGGUGCUGGAGGAACGUUUGGCGAGUGUCUGUCAAGAAAAUGCUGAGCUGAGGGCGAGUUUGGCUUCUUUACACGCACGCCUGGCUCUGCAUGACCAACUCAACCAGCAGCACAGCCAGCAGCUAGCUGAAGCACAGCAGGAGGCGGAGGCGGCACAGGGGCGCUCACAGCAGCUGCAGGCCCAGGUGGAGGAGCUUCAGGAGGAAGUGUCCCUGUACGAAGGCAGGAGCCGGGGCGAUGCCUCCCUACUGUCUGAGCUGGAGAACAGCGUUGAGACUGUGGGAAUGGGAGUCAGCAAAGAAGAGAUAACACAAGAAAUGGGGUCCAUCCUUCAGUUACUGCUCCCACUGGCCCAGGAGGUGAACAGCUCUGGGAGCUCAGAGGUCAUAGGUCAGCAGCAGGACCUGCAGGCCAUGCUCCACCAGCUGAAGGGAGUGGCCCAAACUCUGGCACAGACAUCCAUCACUAAGGACCUGAAUCAGGCUUUUGUCAGUGGGACGGGUGAUCAGUGUGGGAAUCCAAGUGCAGCACAGGAACUGAGAGAUCAGAACAUCCAGCUGCAGGAAGAAAACACUGAGCUGAGGCAGAAGCUGCAGCAUGUACAGGAACAAGCUGAAGUUAUCCAACAAGCCAUCAGAGAUCGAGAUGAAGCCAUAGCCAAGAAAAACCUGAUGGAGGCUGAGUUGGUCAGAAGCAAAAAUGACAUGAUGUCUCUGAACAACCAGUUAUUAGAAGCCAUCCAGCGUAAACUGGAGCUGUCACAGGAACUCGAGGCCUGGCAGGAUGACAUCCAGAUCAUCAUCAACCAGCAGCUCAGGUCCCAGCAGCAGUCGGAGGAGCCUCAGAACAGAUCCGCUUCCAACAGUGUAUCAUUCUUCCACAGGCCGGGCAGGGCGUCCUCCACACGGACACGCCACCUCUCCUCCUCCUCCACUUGGAGUUCAGACUCUAAUCAGAACAAAAUCCAGUCCCCCUGGAGAGACUGGUUAAGACGAGGUAAAGGGGCACAGUAUGGCAAAUAAUGAUCACUGAAAGCUACAGCUGCCU